GGCUCCCAUUGCACAAGUAAUGGGUGCACGGCGAGGUCUAUUUGCAUCAUCAGACAGACGGCACUCAGAUCCGCAGACUAAAGGACAGGUUCAACCCCCGAUGGGGCAGACGGCAAAGGGGGCUACCGGAUCAGGCGGCACUACCAAGACAAAGCCCCAGCCGCUCCAAGGAUCGCCGUCCCACAACACCACCCCUAAAGUCAGAUGGGGAGCACACUCCAAAGCGGUCGCUGGCUCGCCGGAAAUAGAGGAAGCCCACGACGCCAUGUCGCCCUCGGCUUUCGGCACUCCUCCAAUUGCUUCCUUAGGCGCCGCCUUCGUCCGGCGGGAUUUAGACAGUAGCAGCAGCAGCAACGACCCAACCAGUGAUGAUGGCUCUACCAGCCAACUGUUAGUUGAUCCCUACAAAGAUCAGUCAAAUAUACCCCCCACUCUUUCCAAAUCCAAAGCUCCUCCCCUGACCCUCAGUAUGAACUCGACUGAGAGCAGCGCUGAAUCACCCACACUCCUCCCUCCUGCAUCGGAAGAGCGGGUACGAAGCCUCAGCAAUCCGUGUUUAGAAUCAAAAACGUUGACUGUUCCUCCUUCUCCGUUUGCGCUGAAAAGCCCAGCCACGGUUGAUGUGAAUCCCCUGUCUGCCUCUGUUGACAAGUCCGAGACCUCCGUGGAGAGUGCCCAAGCAUCCUUAUCAAGGCUCAGUCAGGGCUGGAAGGAGACGGAGUCACCUGACAUUGAGAUGAAACCAAUGGUGCAAUUCCAAGAUGGCGACGAGGAUUCUCUUCAGACCAGUGGAGAUGACCAAAGUCCGGAAAACGUCACGCCUGAGGCCAGCCCUCAAGAGUCCUACUGGACGGGCGUACCCGAAGACAACAGUAUACCAAACCCAAACCUAGGUGUAGAAAAUGACCUCAAAGACUUAUCCAUUGGACCUGAGGAGACUGUGGACGAUUCAACCAGGGUCGUUCCCAGUCUAGAUGAGUCCUUACAGAACAUGGUACAGUCCCAGGUUCAGAGCACUCCCCCUGCCUCAUCAAGUCACUAUGAGGACAGUUCACCGUCACCUCCAGGAGAAACAGUCUAAUUUCUACGAGUAGAGGGAUGUAAAAUCACUGAUCGAGUUCGGGCGGUGUGUUCUUGGAUGCUCAAGAACACGUAGGAUCACUGUUCAUGUAUCUACCACCUGCAACGAUGAUGAUGUAGUGCCAUUUUGUUAAUGUUGUUCUCGACUGAUCCCGGCUGAAAGGUGGUGUGUGAUCUUAUUCUGUGUACUCUCGGAGUCUCCGAGUCACCUGUGAACCCCCUACAAGAGCCCCAAAGCAUUGAGACUGCAUUCCCACUGGAUCCACAAUUGCGAGAACGGGAUCCUGCAACAAGAUUGGUUGCAGGCGUGAAAUCGCGGUCACGUUCCCGCUUGAGUAUGAUCGCGCAUUGAUCCCUCUUUUUGGGAACGGAAGUGGGUUCAAAAGAACCCUGUUUUGCUAGCAAUAUGCGGGGUCCGAUCGCCCUUUGCGUUCCCACUAGACUUUUGAUCGCCCAUUAAUCCACAAGGGCGAUCAGAUCCAGCUUUAAUCCUACUCCCAAGGAGGAUCAAAAUUGCUCGGUCAGAUCCUGAUCGCCCUCGCGUUCCCACUGGAGCCUGUUUCUCGUUGAUCACCCUUUGAUCUCCCUUUGAUCACCAUUUCGGGGUCUUGAUCGCCCUUUUUGUGAAUUGGGGGAUCAAUGUGGGAUCCAGUGGGAACGGGGUCUAAGUGUGAAGUGCUUAUCACACAUCACUGUUAGGAUAAAACCAAAAUCGUAUUCUUUAUCCCUGAUGCAAUUACACACAAAAAGUAAAGCAACCACUUGAAGUAAGUUAAUUGUUUGGGGGCCAAUGGUUUUUUUGUUUCAGAAGGUUGCAAGUUUAUUUUAGUAUUAUUUUUGUUGUUUUUUUCACUAUGAACUAGAAGUCUUCUGUCUACAUCACUGAAUUUUGAAACAGAGUGAUUGUUGGUCCAUGACCAGUCGGUGACUUGUGAGGUAGGAAGGGGGGGGGGGGUGCAUUUUACUGAAACAGAAAAUUCAUUCGCCCUCUAUUGACAACUUGUGUUUGUGAAUUUAAAAAAGUGCAUGCACUUGGUAGUUUAUGAUCUUACAUAAUGCACUUCAGUUGAACAUGUAUAAAGGAAGCUAACAAAGAGAUGAUUCUUAAAGACCUGCUUGAACGAAAAUUUCAAGUCGUGAACUUUGCUGAAUUCCACUUAAAAUGUUUUCGAUGA